AUGAAUCUCGAUAAUUCGAGAGAUAAUUCUGAAGCAUUAGAUUCCAUUGGUACCGUAAGUCCAAGAGAAAAAUAUCACAGCAUGAGGGAAAAGAAGUUAUCGACUGCGUCGCUGACUAACACCGAGGGUGCUCGACCUAAAGUCGUGACAGUGAAACAUCCGGAGUCAAACAAACCUAAACCGACUGCGAAGAAAAAUAAACCCAUUCAAGCAGAUCUAGAUGUAAUAAAGGAGUUCAUCAGGUGUCGCGAUGAAGGACUUAAACGAUUGGAUCUCAGCAAGUCUUCUAUUACAUCUCUUCCACCAAAUGUCAGGGAUUUAACUCACUUGGUUGAAUUUUAUUUGUAUGGAAAUAAGCUUGUGGCUUUGCCUGCAGAAUUUGGAUGUCUGGCAAAUUUGCAAACUUUAGCAUUGAAUGAGAAUUCACUAACAAGCUUACCAGACUCCCUGGCCCACCUGAGAUGUCUUAAAGUAUUAGACCUACGACAUAAUAAACUUAGUGAUAUACCAGAUGUGGUGUACAAAUUGACAUCUUUGACAACACUGUUCUUAAGAUUCAAUAGAAUCAGAGUGGUAGGAGAUGGAAUAGCUAAUCUUACUAACUUGACAAUGCUAAGCCUGAGGGAAAAUAAAAUAAAAGAGCUAUCAUCUGGAAUUGGUAAUUUGGUCAAUCUAGUGACAUUUGAUGUCUCCCACAAUCAUCUAGAACACUUACCAAAGGAAAUAGGUAAUUGUGUUAAUUUAUCAACAUUAGACCUGCAGCACAAUGAACUUCUUGAUAUACCAGAGACUAUUGGUAAUCUUCAUGCUAUUAACCGUCUUGGUCUCAGAUACAACAGGCUGACUGCUAUCCCAUCUACACUGAGCAACUGUAAACACAUGGAUGAAUUUAACGUUGAAGGGAAUUCAAUAUCUCAGCUUCCAGAUGGGCUUUUGGCCAGUUUAAAUGAGUUAACAAGCAUCACAAUUUCUCGCAAUUCAUUUCAAAGUUACCCAUCUGGAGGACCAGCACAGUUCACUAAUGUGUUUUCUAUCAAUUUGGAACAUAACCAAAUUGACAAGAUUCCGUAUGGUAUAUUCUCAAGGGCUAAGAAUUUGACUAAACUUAACAUGAAGGAGAACUUGCUAACAUCACUACCACUAGAUAUUGGAACAUGGGUAAAUAUGGUAGAGCUCAACUUAGGAACAAACCAAUUAGGUAAAUUACCCGAUGACAUUCAAUGCUUACAAAAUUUAGAAAUCUUAAUAUUAUCAAACAAUUGUUUGAAGCGUGUUCCACCAAGCAUUGGAAGUCUGAGAAAAUUAAGAGUUUUGGAUUUGGAGGAAAACAAGUUAGAAGUGUUGCCCAAUGAAAUUGGGUUUUUACAUGAACUUCAGAAACUGAUAGUUCAGUCUAACCAGUUGACAUCACUCCCUCGUUCAAUUGGACAUCUGACAAAUCUUACAUUCCUAAGUGUUGGUGAAAAUAAUUUACAAUAUUUACCAGAAGAAAUAGGUACAUUAGAAAACUUAGAGUCACUGUAUUUAAAUGAUAAUCCUAACUUAUGUAACUUACCCUUUGAGCUGGCAUUAUGUGUCAGUCUGCAAAUAAUGAGCAUUGAGAAUUGCCCCCUGACAGCAAUUCCACCAGAAGUUGUGUCAGCUGGACCAUCAUUAGUUAUUCAAUACUUAAAGUCUCAGGGUCCAUACAGGGCUAUGUGA